GUGGCAGUGAGCGCCUUCGCUGUCUCCCUCGAAGAUGCUGCAGUCAUUGUGGAUGCUGUGGGCCAGCUGCUCUCAGAUGCACUGACGGGCGAGGAUUCCGAAAAAAGAAAGCGCCAUCACAGUCACCACCAUCGCAAACACCGUCAUCGCAUCCACCACGGUCGCAGCGCACAUGACGCUCUAGGCGAGUUGGUGGAGAUGGACGAAAAAGUGGAGGCGAAGACGAACGAACGCCCGGCGAUGAUGCGCUCUGAAGCAAGGUCUGCUGAAAGCGUCGGACAAGGGCAUUAG